GGCAGCCGUGCAGGCGAGGGCAGGGGGGCCAGCAGGUCCCCUGCUGCGGGGUGACAGGCAGGGCCGUGCCGUGCCGUGCCUUGCAGGGGAGCAGCGCCAUGUCCCUCGGCGCGCCCACGAGCAGCGACGCCUGCCUGAGCAUCGUGCACAGCCUGAUGUGCCACCGGCAGGGCGGGGAGAACGAGACCUUCGCCAAGCGGGCCAUCGAGAGCCUGGUCAAGAAGCUCAAGGAGAAGAAGGACGAGCUCGACUCGCUCAUCGCUGCCAUCACCACCAACGGUGCCCACCCCAGCAAGUGCGUCACCAUCCAGCGCACCUUGGACGGGCGGCUCCAGGUGGCCGGCAGGAAGGGGUUCCCCCACGUCAUCUACGCUCUGGGGGGGAUCAUCCACAAGGUCCCAGCCCCUUCGCUGCGCUGA